AUGUCUACCGAACAUAACCCUGCCAUUGAGAAGGACAUCAGUCCUAGCCCUGGCAAUGGCGUCAACGGCACCUACGACAACACCAUCGCGUCGCAGAUGACCCGCGAGGAGGAAAAUGUCGCCAGGGCCGCUGCUCGCUUCGGCUAUGGCCCUCUGUCCCACGUCAACACCAAGGAGUACAACCUCCCUCCCUUCGGAGGUGAGUUCCAGCCUGGUUUGUACAAGUCGGUCGAAAAGCGCAAGUUCGCCAAUCCUGCUCCCUUGGGUCUGUGCGCUUUCGCCCUCACCACCUUCGUGCUGAGCUGCAUCAACAUGGGUGCGCGCGAUAUCACCGCGCCCAACAUUGUCGUUGCGCUGGCUUUUGGUUAUGGUGGUCUUGUUCAGCUGCUUGCCGGCAUGUGGGAAAUGGCUGUCGGUAACACUUUCGGUGCCACUGCUCUGUCCUCCUAUGGUGGUUUCUGGCUCUCCUUCGCUAUUGUCCUGACUCCCGGCGGUUUCAACAUUGAGGGUCUCCUGAUCCAGGCCGACGGUAACGGGGCUAGCAUGUUCGCGAACUCCUUCGGUCUGUUCCUCAUGGGCUGGUUCAUCUUCACCACUAUCUUGCUGUUCUGCACCCUGCGAUCCACCGUAGCUUUCUUCCUGCUCUUCUUCUUCCUCGACCUCGCCUUCCUGUUGCUCGGUAUCGGAUACCUCCUCCACGAUGCCAAGGGCAAGCCCAGCACCCCCAUCAUCAAGGCUGGUGGUUUCUUCGGCUUGAUGGCCGCCUUCACUGCGUGGUACAACGCCCUGGCUGGUAUUGCCGACAGCAGCAACAGCUUCUUCGUCAUCCCCGUCGCCCACUUCCCCUGGUCCCCAACCGGACAGGCCCGUCGUGGCAAGACCGAGCGCGAGACCGUCUAA